AUGGCAGCAAGCAUUACCAUCCUAACUACAACUCCCUCCUCCCCAAAAAACUCCACUUCGACUUCCAAAGCUCCCUCUCCAGCAGCAGCAGCAGCAGCUUCGUCGACUCGACCAAACAGCACAGGCGCCUCUGCUCGCUCCGUCAUCGCACCCUUGUCGUCGUCCUCCUCCUCCUUUGCGAAACUUGGAUCCUCGUUCCACACCGGGUCGAGCAAGAGCAAGAGCGCGAGCGCGACCAAGAGCAAGCUGGAUCAGGCCGACUGGCGAGCGUCGGCGACCAGCACAGCCAGUCUUCCGAGACCAUCUGCUACCCAGCAGCAGAAGAAGCAGUCGAAGAAGGAGAAGAAGGCUACUGCAUCGGCCGAGGGUGCCGUCACCUCGACAUCAAGACAGCCGGGCUCUGCACUGCACAGCUUGUCCUCGCAUGACAAGCAAGCAUUGCCUAGUCCUCUUCACCAAGGUGAAAGGGUUCGAGUCGCCCUCACGGACGAUCGCGAGUUCGAAGGUCUUGUCACCACCUCGACCGAGGCUACCUACACCCUGAGAAUGGUCCAGCAGAAGAAGCCCAAUAACCCGACCAACGGAAACCAUAGCAAGGAUAUUUCGAACAUGUCCAUGCAGAAACGUGACAUUUCAGACGCCAGAGCCAUGGGAGGCAAUACUGCGAAAGGUGAUGCCAAGGCCAAUGGUACGCCUGCCGGCUUCCGUACUGAUACCGCGAUCUCGUCCGCUCGCCCUGGCCGCGAGCGGAUCUUGCAACCAUGGGUUGCCCCCAGUGGGUCGGACGGGGCAGACAUGCCCUUGGAGAGGCCAACAACCGGCCGCCGGGAAUGGGAUCAAUUCGAUGCCAAUAAGCAACAGUUCGGCAUCACGACCACGUACGAUGAGAAUAUAUACACCACCCCCAUCAACAAAAAUCAUCCUGACUACAAUAAGAGAAUGGCCGCUGCGGACAGAACGGCACGGGAGAUUGAGCGGAGUGCUGCAGCGACCUCCCAUGUGGCGGAAGAGCGUAAGAUGGAUUACGCUGGAGGCGAGGACGUAGGUGGUGAUGAGGAAGACAAAUACGGCGCUGUCAAUCGACAAAACUUCCCUCCCUCUGGCAACCCUGGCAAGUAUACCCACCCGGGGGCAAGACGAGCACCCACCGGCGCCACCAAUGUCAAAGGUGCACCCGUCGAUCCCGCUAUAAUAUCGUCGCAACUCGCCAAACCGGAAGAUAAUAAAGCUCGAACUGUUCCCAAGGGUGAUGUAACAACUGCACCAGCCGCUACUCAAACGCCGGAGCCGAAGGCAGAGGCCACGACCGAAUCAUUACAGAAAAGCUCAGACGUAAAGCUCGCAAAUCAGAACUCGAACUCGGCUUCGAUGAGACCAUCCGCUGCUACCAGUAGAACCAUGUCACCCCAGGCGAAGGACGGCCAGAAUGUGGCACCGAGUGCAACCGAGACUGUCACACAAGAUGUCUACAAUCAUUUCAAGUCGUUCGCUAAUCAACAGCGUGCCCACGCCGAGGUCGCCCGCUCCAAGAAGGCGAAGUUAGACAAGGAGGUGAAGCUGACAGAGCUCAAGAAGUUUGCGAAUAGCUUCAAGCUGCCAACACCUGUCCCUGUGGACCUGAUUGGUAUCAUUGCUAAGGAUCCUGCGAAGCAGCGCCAGAUUCAGGCGAAGGCGGAACGAGACGCUGCUGAAGUUACGAAACGAAAAGAAGCAGAGGCUGUUGCGAAGGACAAGAAGACGCCUACCGUGAAGGACUCUCAACCCAGCACAACUACCCAGCCGCUCCCGGAGAACAAAGCCCGCACCCUCGCCAACGUCCCUGCAACUAUCGCUGCUCCCUCGGGAACCCCCAACCGGCCCCCAGGGGGCCGUAUGCCUACUCACUAUGCUUCUUACGCGAAUAAUCGGCCUCCACAGCACAUGCCCCAAGCAGGCCGUCAGGGCGGGUUGAGCAGCCGCAUUCGUGCUUUAGAAAAACAGAAUGUGCACCCGGAGCUGCGGAUGCCUCCUACCGGGGCUCCUAGCGGACCGGCCCGUCUGGGUGUGCCGAGUCAUAUGGGCGGGAAGUUGAACCCGAACAGCCACGAAUUCCGACCCAAUGCCUUUGCGCCCAGCUUCAGCCCAAACGGUCAUCCCAGCGCCGGUUCCAGUCCGCGUUCGGCUAUUAACCAUGCGAACGAUGCCCAUCAUGGUGCUACCCCUGCUACCGCGACGAUCAUAAAGAUCAGCAAGAACAAGGCAGUCAAGCCGAAGAAGUGCAAUGUAUUGGCUUUCGCCAAGACUAUCCAGCCACCCGAGACGAAGAACUGGAGCGAGAAUGCCGGUCUUCGACCAUCCUAUGAUACCCCUCCCACUUGGCGCUCGCGUACAGACGAUGAGAAGGCCGACUCGACCAUGCGCCUAACAUACGAAGAAUAUUUUGAGAGACAGCCCUUCAAUGCUCAGCCUACUCCCAACCCCCCGCAUAUCAUUCCUCAACAUGUAGCGCACCAACAUCAGCUGCCUCUGCACAUGCAACAUGGUGGGCUCAAUGCUGGACAACGACACUCGCCUCACGUACCCCACAUUCAGAUGCAGCCCGGUCAGCACCCACCUGUUCCUCAUGCUUCAUUCAACGGCGGAGACGAUCAUAGGAUGAUGCACUCGAAUUCCCAGCAGUCGUUCUCUUCGCCGAGAAUGGCUCAAAUGCAGAUGGCCUACCCCCCGCCCGUUAUGCAUACGACACCCCAAAUGGCCUACAAUCAACAUGGUAUGCAGCCAUACAUGGGGCCUGGUGCACCACAGAUGAACCAGUACAACCGAAGUCUUUCAAACAAUGCACAGUAUCUGCCUCAACAGCCAGGAGGCAUGAGUGCACACAUGAUGAUGCAGCCUCAGUUCAUGGGAUCACAAGGAAUGAUCACUGGGCCUCCCCAGAUGCCCAUGUAUCCUGGCGCCCAGCCAUAUAUGGGCCCCGGCGGGACACCCCAACCGAUGCCUGGUGCCAACGGAUAUCCCAGUCCUGGCCGCCCUUCAGCACCCAUGAUGGUCCACCAAGGCUCUCAGCAGGGUCAGCCAGUGUACGCGCAGAGCCCAAACAUGUCAUACCAACAGCCUUUCGUACCCCAACAGGGCCAAAUGAACAACAUGCGGCCCUACAACAAUGCGGGUCCACAACAAUUCGGUACUAGUCCGCAGCAGAUGCACCAGUAUGGAGGACCGCCUCACCGAAACGGAAGCAAUAACUUCAACAAGAACUACCAAGGCCACAAUCAGCACAAUCAGCAUCAUGGCCCGCAGGGUGGUCAUGCAGUCCCCACAGGACCUCAAGCUCGAGCUUCUGACGGUCAGGAUGAAGCCAAGUGA